AAUUAUUAUAACUGUAAUGGCUAUGGUAUAAAUAAUAACACUUUUUGGUUUCACCAAUCUGAGGAUUACCCAAUACUUUACAAACAUACAUUCAGACCAGCCCUGACAGAUAGCAAUGGCUUCCGGAACAGCGUUGAUUUACGAUGAUGAAAUGACAAGUUACAAACUACUUUGGGAUGACCCUGAGUGUGAUAUUGAAGUGCCGGAAAGAUUGUUAUCCUCCUAUGAGCAACUUAAACAUUAUCAUCUUGUGGAAAGAUGUAUCCAUGUACCUGUCAGGGAAGGAACCGAAGAAGAGAUCAUGUUGGUUCACAGUUCAGAAUACUUGGAAGUUGUAAAGAGCACCCAGACAAUGAAUGAAGAAGAACUCCAAAGAGUCUCAGAAAAUUAUGAUGCUGUUUACUUUCAUCCAAAUACUUACCGCUGUGCUAAACUAGCAGUAGGAGCAACGUUGCAACUGGUGGACUCUGUGAUGUCAGGAAAAGUGUGCAAUGGAAUGGCAUUAGUAAGGCCUCCAGGUCAUCACAGCCAGCGAAAUGCAGCCAAUGGAUUCUGUGUGUUCAAUAAUGUUGCUAUUGCAGCUCAAUAUGCGAAAAGAAGAUAUGGUCUUCAGAGAAUUCUCAUUGUUGACUGGGAUGUGCACCAUGGACAAGGGAUUCAAUAUGUAUUUGAAGAGGAUCCCAGUGUUCUCUAUUUCUCCUGGCAUCGCUAUGAACAUCAGCGGUUCUGGCCCUUGCUCAGAGAAUCUGAUUAUGAUGCUGUUGGUCAGGGAAAAGGAAAAGGAUUCAAUUUAAAUGUACCUUGGAAUAAGGUUGGAAUGGGGAAUUCUGAUUAUCUAGCUGCAUUUUUCCAUGUGUUGCUUCCAGUGGCUUUUGAGUUUGUUCCAGAACUUAUUCUGGUCUCUUCUGGAUAUGAUUCAGGAAUUGGUGACCCCGAGGGUCAGAUGAAUGCUACUCCAGAGUGCUUUGCUCACCUUACACAUUUCCUGAUACAGUUAGCUAAUGGAAGGCUGUGUGCAGUUCUAGAGGGUGGAUACCAUUUGAAAUCAUUGUCUGAAUCAGUCUGCAUGACUGUGAAAACUUUGCUUAGAGACCCUCUCCCCCCAAUCUCUGGAGAAAUGGCACCAUGCUUAAGUGCUAUAGAGUCUAUACAAAAUGUGAGAGGUGCACAUAAACCAUACUGGAAAUGUUUGAUGUAUGAAGAAGCAACUCCUUUACAUGAUCUCAGCACCAAAUCACAACAGAUGAUGGAGGCUGAGCUAAUUCAAACUAGUACACAUCCCACAGCAGAGCAAGCAGUUGGGACAACUAAGAGUGAUGAAGCCAUCAAAACAGACAGGUUUUUGGAAUCACACAUGAAGAAAAUUCUCUCUCCAGUGCCUCCUGUUAAAACAGCAGCAGCAAUUGUCUCUAAAGCUGAUGCACAUUUGCUACCAGUAUCUGUUCAAGUGGAGAUGGAAAUGAAUGCACAAGAACUGAAAACUGUUGUCAGUGCAUUUGAUGCAGAACUUGUGAAGGAAGAGAAAGCUUUACUCUCUCUUCAGAAUGUGUUGGCUGUCCUAGAUAAAAUACUAAAGAAGAAGGUGUGCAAUGGAAUUGCAGAAUCAUCUGUGGCUUCUGUUUCUACUACCUUUGCACUAAAGCACUGCUUUGAUUUUGGAUUACAAAGAGUGCUCUGCAUAGUUGUUGGAGACAUGGAUCUUGAACUCAACUUAGAUGAUGGAAGAAUACUUUUGAUGAACAUUUGCCAGAAACAACAAACUGAAAAGAUUAACUCCAAAUACUAUAUUUCUCUGAACUGGAAAGAGGAUGCUGAAAGAAACAAUUUCUUUUGUGCUGUACUUGGAUUCAUUCUUCCUGUAGCAUACAGCUAUCAACCUGACUUAAUGAUAAUAGUCAUUGGACCAAACAGGAGCCUUGGUGUAAAUGGGAUUUCUCUGCUUACUUGUUUACUGCAAGGAUUAGCCGAGUCUCGAAUUCUUGUGGUAAUACAGGACACAGAAAUAAAACUAGUGCAAAGUGUGGCCAAAGCCUUAUCGGGUGUUUCUACACCUGACUUUGGAGCCUACGCACCUGCUUCCCAAGAAAAUGUACUUGAAAUAAAACGAUUAAGAGACCAACUUCAACAGGAAUGGAAAAUGCUUCGAUGUUCAGUAAGGGACUGGAUUUCUGGAAGCUGAGGUCACUUGACUACCUUUGGGCUCUAUCAUUUAACACAUUUCAUCAUGACAGAAGGAAAAAGUGUGUCACUUUUGGUUGUUUUCUUUUAAAUCAAUGAACAAAGAGAUUAUCAAGAUAUGGCCACAGCAAGAGCCAUUCACAAUUGUUUUAUGACUUUUUUAUUAAAUAUUUUUGUUUAAAAAGGCCACAUUUUCAAGGAGAAAGGAGCCUAACAGCCCCCAGAGAUCUGGCUCCAGCUGUGUUCUAUAGAAGUUUUGUCAAAUCUGCAAAACGUUUUGGUCCAGUGACUCAGCCUUUACUGAAAAUUUCUGACUAGCUCUACUCUUAAGUUAGUUAGGCACCUGAGAUUUCUAAGUGACUUUAGAUGCUUUUGAAAAUUUUACCGAAAGUGAUUACUUGCAUGCUUAAAAUGUAAGCAUAUGCAUGUGUUUGCAAGAUUGGGGCCCAUAUGGGGAUCUAUCACAUAACAGUACUUAUGUCCUAAACAAUCUGAAUAUCACAACUUUAAAUUGUAGUGGUAUUUUGUUAAGAUGGGUCUUACAUGGCUAUUCGUAUUUUGGAUUUUCUAGCUCAUACUGACUUUUGACUUGAGAUGGGCAGGAAAAGGUUUUCCCCUUCUGCGAGAGUUUUUGAGAUUUUGAAAACUUUUACUGUCCCAAAUUGGGAUGAAAUGUCAACAUCUCAAAUUCUCAUGAACCAAAACAUUCAAAUCAGGUCAAUCGAAACAUUUCAUUUUGAUUUUUUUAAACUAUAUAUUAACUUAAAUUUCUAAACAAAAAUUUGUUUUAAAUUGGAAAAUUGAACUUUUUUUUUUACACAAAAAGUCAAAAUGGGACAUUUUAACCAUUUCAAAACUAAUUUUACCAUUUCUAAAAAUUGAAUUUGUCUAAACCCACCCUUUCCUGCAAAAUGUUUGUAUCAAAUGAUCAGCAUUUUCUGAUGAAAAAACAUUUUGUUGAAAAAUUCUCAACAAGUUCUACUUUUGACCUGCCUUCAUUAAAUUGUAAUAUUCUAUAGCCAAUGCUUGAAUGACACGAAGAUUGUAGUAUUUUUAAUAUAAAUAAUGAGGUUCUUGAGCUCUUGAUCAAAUUAAGUAGAAGAUUUUCAAGUAUAUUUUUUCAGUAGGAUUACUUUGCAGGUAAUGUCAGAAGAUUGUUUCUAAGGUUGAUAUGUAUUAGAAAGCCAACUAUUAUAAUAUACAAUAAAAUGAUGGCAUUCUUUGCUAUAA